UAUAUAUGGAAAGUACACAUUGCAGAGUUUAGGUGACCCUUAGUAAAGGAUGAAGCUUUUAUCCCCAAAAAUCAAACAAAAAGGCAAAAAGGCUAUGUAAGAAGGAUUUGUAUCUUCUUUGUGAAGAAGGGAAAAGUUUUCACUGUUGUGGCUUCUUCUGAAACUUACCAUGAAUAGCACCAUUAUACACCAGUACCAUUUUUCAUAAAGCAAAGUGGACCCCUUAAUGUCUACCUUACUUAGAUAUAAUAUUCAUCGUUUCCUUUCAUUCGACCUAUUUUACAGUCUACAGUUACAAAGAUGAACUCACAGUCAAGAACCCCAACUCGUCUUCUUCCCUCAAAAAGACAGUGAAAGGAUCCUGCAGUCUGAAGAAGAAUAGUGUGAAAUCGUACCUGAAAUAUUUACAAUGAGUAACAGCUUGUUACAUAGUCAUUAUUCGAGUGGUGGAAUCCCAUCAGAGAUUGCUGAGAAUCUAAAAGAUUUUUUUCCUGAGGAUGGCGAUUUGAGUUAUGAAGAAGUUCUUUUGCAACAGGAAACUGUUUACUUAUCAUUUCAAGCAAAUGGAAAAAACAAGAGUAUGAGCUCUGAAUACGGUCAAACCAGUAGCGGGCAUCCGUUAUCAGCACAAAAGGGUGCUUCUUCUCAAAGCCCUGACUCACAGUUGGCUCUGGAUGAAGCUAUAGCUAGAUCUUUGCAGUUGGGGGAUGAUUUUGAGGAUUUCUGUAGAGAUGAGCUUAAUUCUACUGUGGCUGGUAAUUGCAUAAGAACUUCAUUUAUUCAGUGAAAUUUCUUGGUCAUA